AUGGUCAACUGGCUCUAUCAGAUGAUCUUAAAACCAAGGUUUCUUCACGCGGUGGUUGUCUGGUGGUCUAUGACUCAACUGAUAACGGUUAAAGAGAAACUGGACCAACUGCAGGCAAUAAUUUUCAAGGGUAUUACGGGGGCAAUGAGGACCACGCCAACAGCUGCGUUGGCAUUCAUGCUAGCCGAGGUAUUUCUGCAUAUUGCCGCGGUGAAGAAGGCGGCUCUUACUAUGAGCAGGUUAACUGCGCAGGGAAGAUGGAGGUCUUGUGGUUUACACACCAAGCUUCCACGCUCAAUUCUAUCAAUCCCAGAAUUAAGUAUGGUGCAAGAUAGAAUGAUCAAGAGGGUGAAAUUUAAACCCCGCUUUAAGAUCAUUACACUUUCCAGAAUGGAUUGGAAGAAGGGUUUUCCACUUAGGAACGAAGUCUGGUAUACUGACGGCAGCAGCAGCAGUCUGGCAGACAGAGCCUUAGGGGCUCUGAAGAAUCCCACAAUAGAAUCAAAACUCGUCUGGCAAUGCCGCAGCGUACUAGAUGAGUUGGGUUUAGCAAAUAAACUUUCAUUGAUUUGGGUACCGGGUCACUCGGGAAUCAAGGGUAAUGAAAGAGUAGACGUCUUGGCGAAAACCGGUUCCGAGACGAAAUUUAUGGGUCCUGAACCAGCAGUGGCAAUAAUGCCGUGCUUGGUUAAGGGAGCCAUAGAAAGAUGGGCACUCAACAAGAGGCGAGCGAGCGAUCUCCUAAAACUCGAUAAGAUCAGAGUUAGAACCGUAGUUCGUCUACUUACGGGUCAUGGACUAUUGAACUACCAUCAGCAUAAAAUAGGCAGACAAGUUUCACCUAUGUGCAGACUGUGUGGGGAAAGUAACGAAACUUCGAGUCACAUAUUAUCUGAAUGCCCAGCGCUAGCUAGGAUCAGGCUAUCUAGUUGGGGUCAAGCAAUUAUUGACCCCAAGAAAGAUAUGAAAGAUGUUAAAAAUCUCCUUAUGGACCUGCUGUCGCCGAAAAAAUAUCGUGGUGGAGGCAGAGGACGCGGUGGAAAAAAAGGUGGACGAGGAGGUGGACAAGGACUUUACUAUUAA